AUGGUAGAUCAAAGGGAGCUGAAAUAUUCGUUCCAAACGGCCGAUCGUCUAUGCUUUGUGAUGGAAUUCGCUAUUGGCGGUGAUCUGUAUUACCAUCUGAAUCGUGAGGUACAAACCUCGAAGGAAGGCUUCUCGGAGCCACGAGCUCGCUUCUAUGGUGCCGAAAUUGUUUUGGCAGUUGGUUACCUUCAUGCUAACAACAUCGUCUACCGCGAUCUAAAGCUAGAAAAUUUACUGCUCGAUAAGGAUGGACAUAUUAAAAUAGCCGAUUUUGGUCUCUGUAAAGAGGAGAUUAGCUUUGGAGAUAAAACCAGCACUUUUUGUGGAACACCUGAAUAUCUCGCACCGGAGGUUGGUUGUUUUCUUUGCAACAAUGUUUGA